AUGACGGUCCCCGGCGACCUGGACGCCUCGAGAGGCAAGACGAUGUCCGAAAGCGGGAGAGAAGAGUUCUUCAGGGUCGCCAAGCAACUGAAAGACUUCUACCUCAAAGUACGUGAUGAUCCGGAUCACUACUGUCUGGCCCCCUUGCCACGGGCGAGAGGCACGAAGCCUCCGCUAACAGACCCCGAAAAGACGCUUGUAAUCCCACCAGUACCCUCGCCCGCAGAUGUUGCAUCAGCUACCAUCUCCAGCAUGGGCCGCAUCGAUAAGAUAAUUGCGCGGCAGCAUGGCGAUAUCGAAGUUCACAGUCCGUGGGUGGCUGGAGAGGAGCUGCGCAGUAGCAUUGGGUUGUUUUUGGGUACUUUUCGCGAAGAACUAUCGCUUAGUGUAGCCUAUAAUGAAGCAUGGCAUGUUGAAAAUGAAGUUAUUGGAUUCACGUUGUUGACCAAGGCUUCACACUUUGAGGUGGAGCCUGCUGAAAUAGAUUCCACGGACAGGCGAUCCGGGAUAAUCUGA